CAAGCAUCUAAAUAGUCUCAGGAUGGGAGGUGAAGACCACAACAGCUCCGGGUUGCCUCCCUUCAUCUUGACAGGACUGCCAGGGAUGGAGACCUCCCAGCAUUGGUUGUUUCUGCUCCUUGGUGUCCUUUACACCAUCUCCAUAGUGGGCAAUGCCCUGAUACUUUUCAUCAUCAAGGAAGAACAGAGUCUGCAUCAGCCCAUGUACUACUUCCUGUCUCUAUUGUCAGGCAAUGACCUGGGUGUGUCUUUCUCCACACUGCCCACAGUCCUGGCUGUGUUUUGCUUCCACUUAAGAGAAAUAAGUUUUAAUUCUUGCAUGUCCCAAAUGUUCUUUAUCCACCUUUUCUCUUUCAUGGAGUCUGGUAUCCUGCUGGCCAUGAGCUUUGAUCGCUAUGUAGCCAUCUGUAACCCACUGCGCUAUUCCACAGUGCUCACUGAUGCCCGGGUGGUGUGGAUGGGGGUGUGUGUGUUCCUUCGAAGUUUCUGCAUGAUUUUCCCAUUACCUUUCCUCCUGAAGAGGUUGCCCUUCUGCAAGGCUAAUGUGCUCUCCCAUGCCUACUGCCUUCAUCCAGAUCUGAUUCGCCUGCCCUGUGGUGACACUUCUAUUAAUAACAUAUUUGGUCUAUCCAUUGUCAUCUCUACCUUCGGACUUGAUUCUGCACUCAUUCUACUCUCUUAUGUGCUCAUCCUUCACUCCGUACUGGCUAUUGCUUCCCGGGAAGAAAGGUUGAAAACUCUGAACACAUGUGUUUCACACCUGUGUGCUGUGCUAAUUUUCUACGUGCCUAAGGUAGGUGUGUCCAUGUUUGCCCGCUAUGGGAGGCAUGCUCCACAUUAUGUACACACACUCCUGUCACUUAUCUAUCUCUUUGUUCCUCCAAUGCUUAACCCUGUCAUCUAUUCCAUCAAAACCAAGGAGAUUCGUAGGAGGCUUUCCAAAAUCCUGCUGGGAACCAAGAGUAGAAUGUUGUAA